AUGCACUUCAACACCAUCGCCACCUCCGCCAUCCUGGCCACCGCCGCCUCGGCCGCCGCCGUCCUCCCACGCCAGGCCCCUGUCCCCGAGCCCAUCGCGCCCAACAGCGUCUUUGAGCUCGUCGCCCUGCGCUCCGCCAGCGACGUGCACUUCACCUGGGUCAGCGCGGCCGACAACCGCCUGUGGCUCAAGCUCGCCGACCAGAAGGCCAGCUGCGACAAGACCAGCGACGGCAAGGCCCAGUUCCGCCUCAUCGACGGUGACCUCCUCCUCUACAGCACCUCGUACUCGCAGCAGCAGAUCUGGGUCGACGCCUCGGGCAUGGGCCAGGGCAUCACGGGCUACACCACGGGCGUCCAGCCCAUGCCCUCGCGCUACAGCCAGCGCGGCCCCUUCGUCUUCGACCAGUACAACAACCUAUCCCUGAACAACACGGCCGGCUUCCUGGCCUGCCCCAUGCCCGACGGCGUCUACCGCCUCUGGACCAACGCUGGCGUCGCCAAGCCCGCUGGCAGCGAGGGCUGCCUGCCGGUCUCGCUCCGCGCCUCCCCCGUCAGCGAGCCCAACAACUGCCUGUACAGCGACGCCCCUGCCCCCUCCUCUUAAGGGGUUGUUGGUCUCAGACGGAUGAAGCGUGACUGUAUCGGGAGGGGAUGCUCCCGACGCCCGGUGAAAGACAAUGUACCCAGUCAUUGAUGAGGAAACGAUUGUGUUUCAAUAUUUAGACAUAGACAAUGCGAAAUUAUGACGUUUUGCAUACCAA